CAAUCAGGGGAGAUGCUAGGUGCAAUUGAACGCUUUGAAAUGGAGUACAAAAGCAUUAAAAAAGGUUGGGACUUGGGAGCGAAAGAAUUAUGGGAUCAAAUGGUUAAGAUGCGAACUGAGACAACCCUUCAUGAUGGGACUCGAACUAUGAAUGAUGAUGAAAUAUGUGCAAAGGUUCUUGGAGUAAAAUCAGGCUACAUCAAGGGUUGUGGUUUUGGCCCUAGGCCUCCACCAUCUAGCACUUCUCAAUCGUCACUAGAUGAAAUGUCUGAGAAGAAUAAAGAGUUAGAAGAUAAACUUGAAGAGACCCAAGAUACUAUAAAGGCUCAACAAGAAAAGAUUGAUGCACAAAACGUGCUGAUCCAAGAAUUGCAGAAGCAAGGCAAAAAGUUUAGCAGUUCAUGGCAACCUUUAUGAACCAACAAGCAUCAAGUUAGUUAUGCAUAUCUAGGAUUUAGUAUCUGUUAAACAAGUUCAUUGAUUUUUGGAUCAUUUUUAGUUCAGUAUUGACUUUAGACUAUUCCAAUUAGUAGUUAUGGUAGACAACAUUAUGAAUUAUUAUUUUGUUUAUUGUUUAACUAGUUUUGAAUAAGAAUC